AUGGAUGCCGCUAUCGUGCUGUCACGAUAUAAUUUAACAUUUGCAAAUGUUUUACAAGACUGUUCAAAGCAAACAACCAAAAGCUGUCUGACCAGUAAUCAACCUGACGAUAUUUUCAAUAGAAUAUCUUAUCCAGAAGCUUCAUUGUGUGCUGAUCAUUACGUCUCUAAUUUACCAACGGUCAAACGUGCAGCAGUAAUCGAUGUAGCCUUCAGUGGUUGUGCAAAAUUGAAUAACGUUACUAAAAUGAAAGCGGCUUUGGAAAAAAAAGAAUGGAAUAAAGCUGCAGAUGAACUAAGAAAUUCGAAAUGGUGGAAUCAAGUACACCUAUCUCGACGAGAAUCAGAUUAUCGUUGUAUAGCAGGUAGUAAUUGA